CAAGAUUGUUGGAAAGCUGUUGACGCCUUCGCUGUGAACAUACAAAUCCAAGAUAGCCGCAAUGCCUCUUCAAGGGAUCCGGACGGUUACGGCCGCUAGAAACGGUGUCGGUGCCUUUAUCCUACAAUGCAAGCGGUUGGAUUUCCACUACUGUGACUGGGCUGGUAGCUCCCGGGGCAUGGUUGCCUACCUCAAGCACCACCUUCCUGCCUUCGCGAAAGCAAACCCUCAGAUCGAAAUCCGGGUAUCGCCGCGGCCACACAAGCACCCCGUAAUCAAGGGACACUACAUCAACGGACGGGAGAAGGCGGUUUGCGUGCGGAAUCUCGAGCCUGAGCAAAUAGGCAAGAAGGCCGAUCUUUUGAAGCAGGCCAGCGGAGAGAAGUUGAAGCGCACCAAGAAGCCCGUCACGAGUAUCAACGAGAGUGUCAGAGGCAUCUGGUCCCCGUACCACGGUGGCUACAAGUCGGUGUAAAGAGUGAGGGAUUGUGCGAUCAUACGGUGGUGUUCUUUUUCUGGGUCAAAUAUCAUUUCCUAUUCGAUGUAUUAUGGGUUACUUCGUCUGUUUUGUGUACCUGCCUUUUGCGAACCCGACUCUGUCUUUGUUUAAACGAUAUGUAUCAUAUGUACAGAAUGUCUUUAUUUGAUAUCCCAUGGAAAUGGGUGCCCGCUCCUCGUAUGC